UUGGAUAAGCACCUUAUGCAACAGAAUCCAAAGAAAUUGCGACCCAUUGUAAACCAAAGUGAACCAGUGACUGUGAAUAUAAAUGUCUAUAUAUUUGCCUUAUUACAGGUCAAUCACAUACGGCAAACAUUGGAAAUAAGUUUUGUAUAUAACAUAACUUGGAAAGACGAGCUCCUAACAUGGAAUCCAGAAGAUUAUGGUGGAAUCAACGCCUUCGUGCCAGAAACCGCAUCAAUUUGGAUGCCAUUCUUAUCCUGUUAUAAUUGUUUGGAAAUGAAUAUAUUCAAAGAUGAACAAUCUCCAGUAACAAUCUACCAGGAUGGUGUAGUCGUUUGGCAACCAAGGAAAAAAUUUGAAGUCUUUUGUAAUAUCAAAGUUAGAUACUUCCCAUUUGAUGAACAGAUCUGUAAGAUUCAGUUUUUUCCCAUGAAACAUUUCUAUUUUGAAGUUCUGUUGAAAGAAGCGUCCAAUUCAGUCCAAAAAGUUUUUUACAUAGAGAAUGGUGAAUGGGAAAUGAAAAAUAACAAAGUCAAUUCUUAUUUUCACACGAUUUCAAAAUCUUCAAUAUUGGAGGUUACUUUAAACAUGGAAAGACGUCCUUUAUAUUUUCUUUUAAAUAUUAUCAGUCCAAUCGUAUUACUGUCGUUCUUGAAUCUCUUCACGUUUUGCCUGCCAGAUGACUCGGGUGAGAAAAUCCUGUUUUCGUUGACGAUGCUAUUAUCUCAAACUGUGUUCCUGGGUACCAUCAGCAGUUCCCUACCAGCCACCUCCAUUGAAAUAGUCUACAUCACAUACUACAUAACAUGUCUCCUUGGUAGCAGCUGUCUUAUAACUAUUGCUUCUAUUACUCUGUUAUACUUCAACCACAAG